CCUCCCGCUCUUCCGCGGCGGCCCCGCGACCCGGCGACAGCUGGGACCCAGCUCGUGUCCUCAGAAGUACCUAUGGCUGGACCAGGUCCGUUCCCACACCUCCGAGGGCGCGGGCACCUGAACUUCUGACCCUUUGUAGCGAGUACCGCUGGCCUCCCGGAUGUGUGGAACUGUCUGUGGACCCCUAGCUCUUUGCCACCAUCCCCAUCUUCUUCCACCUGAGGGAUCCUGAAAGCCUCGUCAUGGAAAAGUACCAUGUGUUGGAGAUGAUUGGUGAAGGCUCCUUUGGGAGAGUGUACAAGGGUCGAAAAAAAUACAGUGCUCAGGUCGUGGCCCUGAAGUUCAUCCCCAAACUAGGGCGCUCAGAGAAAGAGCUGAGGAAUCUACAACGAGAGAUUGAAAUCAUGCGGGGCCUGCGGCAUCCCAACAUUGUGCAUAUGCUUGAUAGCUUUGAGACUGACAAAGAGGUGGUAGUGGUGACAGACUAUGCUGAGGGAGAGCUCUUUCAGAUCCUGGAAGAUGAUGGAAAACUUCCUGAAGAACAGGUUCAGGCCAUUGCUGCCCAGCUGGUGUCAGCUCUGUACUAUCUACAUUCCCACCGCAUCCUACACCGGGACAUGAAGCCGCAGAACAUCCUUCUUGCCAAGGAUGGUGGCAUCAAGCUCUGUGACUUUGGAUUUGCCCGGGCUAUGAGCACCAAUACUAUGGUGCUGACGUCAAUCAAAGGCACACCACUGUAUAUGUCUCCAGAACUGGUGGAAGAGCGACCCUACGACCACACUGCAGAUCUCUGGUCUGUGGGCUGCAUCCUGUAUGAGCUGGCCGUAGGCACUCCUCCCUUCUACACUACAAGCAUCUUUCAGCUAGUUAGCCUCAUUCUCAAGGACCCUGUGCGCUGGCCUUCCACUAUCACUCCCUGCUUCAAGAAUUUCCUACAGGGGCUGCUCACCAAGGACCCCCGGCAACGUCUGUCCUGGCCAGACCUCUUACACCAUCCCUUUAUUGCUGGCCGUGUCACUAUAUUAACUGAGCCAGCAUGCUCUAAUUUGGGCACCCCAUUCACCAGUCGCCUACCCCCAGAUCUUCAGGUCCUAAAGGACGAACAGGCCCAUCGACUGGCCCCCAAGGGUAAUCAGUCUCGCAUCUUGCAUGAGGCCUGUAAACGCAUGGCUGAAGAGUCUGAGAAGAAGAAACACCAGAAUACAGACCCUGGCCUUGAACAGGAGGAUAGGACCAGCAAAGUGACUCCUGGCACAGCACCUCAGCCUGGAGGAAAGGCCACUUCUCAGGAGUCAAGCCUUUUGGCUGGGAUUUUGAUCUCAGAAGUGAAAAGCAACUGGACUGAGUGGGAGGAUGGAGAAGCCCCCCCUGCACCCCGGGAAAACCACAUCACCUUGGAUUGUGAACAAACACUCCCAGAGGUGGUGGGCCAACGGAGCAUUGAUGCAGUUGACCUAGAAACUGAGGAGCCAGAUAGCGAUGAUGAGUGGCAACACUUGCUAGAGACCACUGAUCCUGUGCCAGUUCAGCUGAAGGCCCCUCUCACCCUGCUGUGCAAUCCUGACUUCUGCCAACGCAUCCAGAGCCAGCUGCAUGAGACCGGAGGGCAGAUCCUGAAAGGUACCUUGACAGGUGCUUCCCACAUACUCCCUGCACUCCGGGUUCUGAGCAGUCUUCUGUCCAGCUGCAGUGACUCUAUUCCUUUGUAUUCCUUCUGCCGGGAAGCAGGGCUUCCAGGAAUGCUGUUUAGCCUGCUCAAACACAGCCAGGAAAACAACAGUAUCCAGCAGCAACCAUGGUAUGGGUCUUUCUUACGGGACCUGAUGGCUGUGAUUCAGGCCUAUUUUGCCUGUGCAUUCAAUCUGGAGAGGACCCAGACUGGUGACAGUCUACAGGUGUUUCAGGAAGCUGCCAACCUGUUUCUGGACCUGCUGGGGAAACUACUUGCCCAACCAGAUGAUUCUGAGCAGACAUUUAGAAGGGACAGCCUUAUGUGCUUUGCUGUCCUGUGUGAAGCUAUGGAUGGAAACAGCCGGGCCAUCUCCAAAGCCUUUUACUCCAGCCUGUUGACCACCCAGCGUGCUGUGUUGGAUGGGCUCCUCCAUGGCUUGACAAUUCCACAGCUCCCUUUCCACACACCCCCAGGAGCCCCACAAGUGAGCCAGCCACUGCGGGAACAGAGUGAGGAUCUACCUGGAGCUAUUUCCUGUGCCCUGGCAGCCAUGUGCACUGCUCCUGUAGGGCUGCCCAACUGCUGGGACGCCAAGGAGCAGGUCUCUUGGCAUUUGGCAAAUCAGCUGACUGAGGACAGCAACCAGCUAAGGCCGUCCCUCAUCUCUGGCCUGCGGCACCCUGUCCUGUGCCUUCACCUUCUCAAGGUUUUUUACUCCUGCUGCCACACCAGUGAGCGCCUAUGCCGUCUUCUAGGGCAGGAGUCCUUGGCCUUGGAGUCACUGUUGAUGUUGGUCCAGGGCAAGAUAAAAGUAAUAGAUUGGGAAGAGUCCACUGAAGUGGCACUGCACCUCCUCUCCCUUCUUGUCUUUCGGCUCCAAGAUCUGCCUUCUGGAAUGGAGAAGCUAGGCAGUGAGGUUGCUACUCUGUUUACCCACUCACACGUCGUCUCUCUUGUGAAUGCAGCAGCCUGUCUCUUGGGACAGCUUGGUCAGCAAGGAGUGACCUUUGACCUCCAGCCCAGGGAAUGGAUCGCUGCAGCUGCACAUGCCCUGUCUGCCCCUGCAGAGGUCCGGCUGACUCCACCAGGUAGCUGUGGGUUCUACGAUGGCCUCCUUAUCCUCCUGCUGCAGCUCCUUACCAAGCAGGGGAAGGGUAGCCUGAUCAGGGAUGUGGCUAGCUCAGAAGUGUGGACUAUUUUGUGGCACCGCUUCUCCAUGGCCCUGAGGCUACCAGAGGGGUCUACACAGGAAGAGGAACUGUUACUAUCCAGCCCACCCAACCCAGAGCCAGACUGGACACUGAUCUCCCCCCAAGGUAUAGCAGCCCUGCUAAACCUGGCCAUAGCCACCUUCACCCAGGAACCCCAGUUAUGUCUGAGCUACCUGUCGCAGCAUGGAAGCAUCCUCAUGUCUACUCUGAAACACCUGCUUUCCCCCAACUUCCUGCAUCACCUGAGCCAGGCGCCUCGCGGGUUUGAGUUUCUCCCUGUUGUGGUGCUCUCUGUGUGCCAGCUCCUCUGCUUCCCCUUCGCCCUGGAUGUGGAUGCGGACAUCCUUGUCGACAUCUUGGGUGACCUCAGGGACUCAGAAAUUGCAGCCCACUUGCUUCAGGUCUGCUGCCACCAUCUUCUGUUGUCACAAGCGGAGCUGCCCAUCAGCCUCCUUACCCGACUGGCCCUCAUGGAUCUCACCUCUCUCAACCAGUUUGUGAACACAGUGUCUGCCUCCCCCAGAACCAUUAUCUCAUUCCUCUCAGUUGCCCUCCUGAGUGACCAGCCUCCACUAAUCUCUGACCUUCUCUCCCUGCUGGCCCAUGCAGCUCGGGUACUGUCCCCCAACCACUUGUCCUUUAUCCAAGAGCUCCUGGCCGGCUCUGAUGAAUCCUACCGGUCCUUGCGCAGUCUUCUGGGCCACCCAGAGAACACUGUGCGGGCCCGUAUAUAUGGACUUCUGGGACAUUUGCUCCAACACAGCAUAAGCCUACGUGGGGCUUUACAGUGCCAGGCUGGGCUGCUCAACCUUCUGCUGCUAGGGCUGGGAGACAAAGACCCUUCUGUACGUCGUAGUGCCAGCUUUGCUGUGGGCAAUGCAGCAUACCAGGCUGGACCCCUGGGACCUGCCCUAGCAGCUGCAGUGCCCAGUAUCACCCAGCUGCUUGGAGAUCCUCAGGCUGCUAUCCGGCGCAAUGCUGCAUCAGCCCUGGGCAACUUAGGGCCCGAAGGGUUGAGAGAAGAGCUUUUACAGUGCCAAGUACCCCAGCGGCUCCUCGAGAUGGCCUGUGGAGACCCUCAGCCAAAUGUGAAGGAGGCUGCCCUCAUUGCCCUCCGAAGCCUCCGACAGGAGCCCUGUAUCCAUCAGGUGCUGGUGUCCUUGGGUGCCAGUGAGAAAUUAGCCUUGCUCUCUCUGGGGAAUCAGUUACUGCCUCAUGGAAGUCCCAGGCCUGCCUCUGCUAGACACUGCAGAAAACUCAUCCAUCUCCUGAGGCCAACCCACAACACGUGAUUCCCUGAUGCUGAGGUCCAGCCUCCAGCCUUCAUUGCCCUACUGUUGCCAAGUCUUCCGUAUUCUCCUACACAAGCCACUAACUCAUCUUGAGAGCUGAAGAGACUGAAAGAGAAUGAUAAGCUGCCAACUUACCUGAGAGUUGAGAAACUAGAAGAGAUUUAUGUCUAAAGCCCCUUUCUCCCCCCAGAUUCAGGAUGAUUUCAGCCAGUAAACUUCAUUGCUGUUGG